UCGUGGCGAACGUACGCGUGUCUCGUGCGUGCCGUGUAUAUAACGCGCGCGCGGUGUUGUAACACGGUCCCCCGGUUCUCAUCGCGUAUCGCGAGCGAGCGGAACGAGCGAUCGAUCGGUCGAUCUUUCGCGGCGGAAUUGUUCGGCCGGCGAAAUCGUAAACGCGCGCGCGGAAAAAAAAGGUUUUCAUCCCCGUCGCCCCUCUUGCACCGUCCCCCCGCGGACGACCGCCUCGGGAAACCGCUACGGUAAACCGCUCCAGGAUUUGCAAGGUGAACGAGGGAGCGGGUCACCGACGAGAUCUGCGAAUGGGUCAUCAGUGAACGGGUGACGGUGAUUCAUACGAGACACUCUUAUCGUAAAAGAGAAUUCGCGGAGAUCCGUGAUUAGACUUCGCGCGGAGAGAGAGAGUCAAUCUCUCGCGAAGAGCGGACGAGGGAUAAGUGAUAUGAGUGCUGAACGCAGGAUCUUUCGUGACGUUAAACGGCGAUUGAGUGGCGAGCGGUUCGCAGGAAAUACCAUCGAGUGAUCGGCACGCGAGGAAGACCGGACGUCGCGCGAGGAUAGCGAGAAAGAGAGAGAGAGAAAAAAAACAAGAAGGGCGUAAUAGCAGUGUGUUUGUUUUUUUGGGUUGCGUGAGGAAAGCGAACCUACCUACGCGUGCGGCAAGAGACGAGGAAAGUGAAGACGAGCUGGAGGACGGCCGGGUGGAAGUAGCCUCGAGGUGGGAAGGAAGGUGAAAAAAGAUGAUGCGGUGCCAUCCGAUCGUUCUCCUCGCCGGCCUGCUCACCGUCGUCCGUGCUCAAGGGGUCCCGCGAACAUUUUCGGCUAGGCCUUACCGAGGAGGGCCGCCAUUGUCUGCAAGAGCGGUCCUCGGUGGAACGGCCGAGCUGCCAUGCGAUAUUCGUCCACCUCAUUCCAACGAUUCCGCUAUCUUGGUCGUCUGGUACAAGAGUGACGUCAUUCCGAUUUACAGUUAUGAUCUGCGCGGCAAGCACUCGGAAAAACCGUUGCAUUGGCAGGAUAAAGACUAUCUCAGCGAUCGGGCGUUAUUCAGGACAACAACGGAACCAGCAACUUUGAGCGUUAACCACGUACAGGAGCAGGACGAAGGCGAAUUCAGGUGCCGAGUGGACUUUACUACAAGUCCGACUAGAAACUCCAGAAUCCAGUUGACGGUGAUAGUACCGCCGCAGAAGCCGAACAUUAUCGACGAACGCGGAAAGACCGUCCCAGCGGUGGCCGGCCCUUACGAAGAAGGUGGUGACAUGAGACUGCAGUGCCUCGUCUCUGGGGGUCGCCCCGAGCCUAAAGUGAGAUGGUGGCGCGGAGAAACGCUUUUAGAUUCUAAAGAUGAGCCGGGCGAGUUUCCUGCUCUUCGUAGGAACACCCUAGUCGUCAGAGAAUUAUCAAGAGCGGAUCUUCAUGCGGUGUUCGAUUGUCAAGCAUCCAACAACAAUAUCAGUCAACCCGUGUCGACAUCGGUAGCGAUUGAAAUGCAUCUGAGGCCACUGAAGGUGACGAUACUCAGCAGCGAGCACGCGCCCCUCAGCGCCAAUCGGAAGUACGACAUUAAUUGCAUGACAGUGGGUUCAAGGCCGCCAGCCAAGCUGUCCUGGUAUAUGGACGGCAGGAAGCUCACCAAUUCCACGGAAAGGGUGUCGCAGGAUGGUAACAUGACGAGUUCCAUCUUGUCGUUUCAGCCUACUCUAGCACAUCACGAUAAAGUUAUCACGUGCAGGGCUGAAAAUUCCAAAGUCCAACAUGGUGUAGCAGAGGACACAUGGAAACUGAAUGUUUUUUUUGUUCCAAUUUUACACCUGCAACUUGGCUCGAACAUGAACCCGGAUGACAUCGAGGAAGGCGAUGAUGUAUACUUCGAAUGCAAAGUUCAAGCGAAUCCGGGUGCCUACAAAGUCGUGUGGAAGCACAACGGAAACGUGAUUCAGAAUAACGCGAAGAACGGCGUGAUAGUCCAGCAAUACGAUUUGGCUCUCAGAGAGGUGAAUCGGUCCCAGGCCGGAAAUUACACCUGCGUCGCCAGCAACGUCGAAGGCGACGGCUACAGCAACAUCGUGGAGCUCAAGAUCAUGUACAAACCGAUUUGCGUGCCGGAUCAAAAGCGAAUCUACGGAGUGGCGAGGCACGAGGACGCGCGGGUGAUAUGCAGGGUCGAGGCGUAUCCGCCACCGGAGAGCUUCCGUUGGACCUUCAACAAUACCGAAGAGAUGGAGGACGUGCCGCAGGCGCGUUACAAGAACUCGACUAGACAUACUCAGAGCAUCCUCACAUACCGGCCGGUCACGGAAAUGGACUACGGCACCGUGCUCUGCUGGGCGAGCAACACGGCCGGCCAGCAGAAGAAUGCCUGCAUAUUUCACAUCAUUCCUGCGGGCAAGCCGGAAGCGCCGUACAACUGCACGCUGACCAACCAGACUACCGAAUCUCUCUCGGUGGAAUGCACCGCUGGUUUCGACGGUGGUCAGCCUCAACACUUCCUCCUUGAAGUGUUCGAUCAGCACACGGGGGUCCUGCAGGCUAACGUCACAUCCAGAGAGAAUGCAGCUUUCACUGUGCAGGGCUUGGAACCGGGCAAGGUGCUGCAUAUGGUCCUGUACGCGGUGAACGCGAAGGGAAAGAGCGAGCCGGCGCUGCUGGAGGGUUUCACGCUCAAAGUCGCCGAGAAGCAGACUGUGCGCGUUUUGUUCACAGGUACUCCGGUACCCUUCGAGUUCACUCCGUUACUCGGGAGCCUGAUCGGCGUGGUCGCCGCACUCCUGCUCAUCACCGUCGCCAUCCUAGCCGCCCUGAAAAUGAGGAGCGAGAGGCGAGCUCAAAGGCCGGGCGAUUUACCUCUAAAGAAGGCUACCGCACCAAGUUCGGAGGACCUUUACGACGCGGACGACAGAAAUCCGGACGUUGUGCCGACCAACAAAGAUUCAGAUUAUCAGCUGACCGGUUCGACAUCCGGCACACCGUUGGCAACGCAGAACACACCGGAUGGUCUUCCACCGUCGUCCCUUCCGACCCAGCAGACGAAUAAUCAUCUACAAGGACUUCCCGCCUAUUCGCAUAACGACUAUAACAAUUAUCCAACCUUGCCGUUAUCCGGGGAGGUAACGUACGCCGAGCUGUGCCUAGCGAGACCCACCACCCUGUCGACCCUGGCGACUGACCCCAAACUGGCUAGUCUUAGCGGCGGAGUUGGCGGUCUGGGUGGUCUUCAGGGCUACGGCAGCGGUCUCGGGGUGAUCGUAGGCGGCAAGCCGUACACGAAAGAAGCCACGGUCUACGCCUGCAUUGACCACAACGCCAGGCCACCCAAACUGGACGUCUCCAACGCGCCGUCAUGCGCGACCACCCCUCUGUCGACGGCGAACGUGCUCCAGGACUCCACUGUCGCCACCGUGAUGAGCGGCAAGCAGCAUCACCCGGCGAGAGAGGUCGUCACCGUCCGCACGCCCCUGAUCUCGACCCAGGAGAGCUGCGUAUAGGGACGCGACUCCGACGCGCUCAACGUCAACGAGUACUACGUCUGAUAUGGCAUACGCCGGCUCGUGGCGAUCGUGCGCGUCUUCGUGGUGCGCGACCUUUUGAUUCCUGGACUUGCGGCGCUCCCCCCGGUAACGUCCUCGAAUUCUCGGGAAAAGGUAGAGUAUGGUGGGGCAGGUCGAGAUGGAUUUUUUAUUUAGGCUUAUAUUUCCUGAACUAAGAGAGGUAAAUUAAAGAUCGGGGUAUCUAUAGAUAGAGGGAUCUUUUGUGUACGUGAAAGUAAUUUUUAAUUAUUUUCCAAACUCUUGCAUUUGUCUCAAUGUGCCCCACCCAUGGGGCAACCUAUAAUAAUGACUCAAACACCACUUUUUUAAAUAUAUCUAUGACUGUCUUUAUUUAGAACAAAAAAAAUUUACACAAAGAAGCCAACAUAAAUAUUUAUAAAAAAAACAUUUCUUUUUUCUUCUCUUAUUUUAUAGCACAGCCAUAACUUUAUGCAUUAAUAUGUACCUAAAUUCAGAAAAACGUCGACAGAUCGAGAUUUAAUUAGAUCAGUUCUCACGUGACAUUUUAGAAUUUUAAGUAUUAUACACUAUACAAAUAAAAUUAAUUAUUUAUGACGUUACGUUACGAUAAAAGCGGAAUUGUUCCUAAAAUUGUAUUUUUCAACGGAGAAUAAAAUCAGAUGGUAAUGGCAAAAGGACAAGAACGUGUCCAACAUUGAGAAAAUCUUCACGUCGGAUUUUCGUAACUGUGCUUUAUACGAUGCACUUGUUUCGCGUCGCGACUGCCAGCGCGGAAAUAUUUUGCGGAUUUUCGCGCGGAAAUAAGUCGAUCUUUCUCUCGCGGCGCGGAUCUUCUCCGUUCUCCGUUCUCCGAAAUUUACCGUUGCACUUGGCGCGACGUAAUCGACGCGAUACACUCCGAGAGAGAGAGAGAGAGAGAGAGAGAGAGAGAGAGAGAGAG